AUGGAGUGGUCAAAACUGGUCAUACCGGCCCUCCUAGCGUUCCAAACCACGAUAGCAGCCGGCGGCUUUACCGCAUUCAAGGACUCGGCUUACACCCAGCCGCUGGAGAUCACAUCAGACGAAGAGACGAUCGUGAACACGCUCGUAACCGACCGGUCCAUCACGGACUGGGACCUCGCUGCGGGACGAUGGUACGACGCCAUGGAAUACCACAACGCGACCUCGUCGGGGUCCGCCAGCGGCACGGGGUCGGCAGAUGUAUGUCCAGCAGGCGUGGCAGACGAUCAACCCGCUGCCGGGGAGUCUCAUCCUGAGGGUGGCCAUGCCCGGAUGCUACUAUUCGUCGCUAGUGGUAUGUUAUCUAUCUCAGUUGACGAAGUAGCCAUUGAUGAGCGGGACCUCGUCGACUCUGCCGGUGAAAAGGCAGAGACCGCUAAGCGUGCCCCCGUCUCCAACGCCGGUCGUGCGGUCGACUACGUGAAGGCUUCGAAGAGGAUCAUUUCCGGCGAUCCCCUUGUCGGGCGUGACGAUGUGCCUGCGUGUACCAUCUCAAGGGGAGCAGGGACUCCCUACAAGACCAGCGGGAUCCAGCGUUCCGUGACGCAGCCCGAGAUCUGCGACACGGGCCCCGGUACGUGCUCGCACUCGGUCUCUGUGAGCACGGAGGCCAGCACGGCCCUGUCGAAAUCGUCGUCGAGUUCCUGGACCGUUACUGGCGGAGGCUCCAUCGCCGUCGACGCCGGAGUCGACUUCGUCGUCGACACCAAGGUCACGACCACUUUCAGCUACAGCGUUGCCAAGGCGUGGAGCAGUGAGACAGGGACGACAAUUACGACGAGCACCACGAACGGGACGACGCAGACGUUGGUGCUGCAGGUGGGCACCACGGCUUUUUUAUCGUUUACGCCCGACUACCAGUGCUGGCAGAGCGAUGCCAACUGUGGUAAGGAUGCGGACGGCAACGAUAUCAUUGUAUCGGGUGUCGACUUUUGCCAGCCAUUGACUGGCGGCGAUGGGAAGCUGUCGGGAACUUGCAAUGUGGUGUAUAUCUCCAACUAA